AUGAAUUACUCAGUGGAUGUCGCGGAGUCGACGGAGAUCUCAUCGGUCGGAGAUUAUGAAGCUCCAUUACUGUUUGGGCUAUCGAGGGUUUCAGACCGGCCCUUCGGCGAUUAUUCGGAUGCAUCACCAGAAAAGGAGGUUGGGGCGAGCGAUAAGUUUUACUUCCCUAUAUCUCAGUUCGAUGUGAAUGUUUUCCCCCGAAAAAUCGAGUAUUUACUGAUCGCGAUGUGCAGUGAAUUACCGGAGAUUUCAAGGUCUUGGUGGCGUACUUUGUAUUCUCCGACCAACUUUGGUGACUGUAAACAAUGCAAAACUAUGGAAUUACCUCGCGUGUCCUCCUCCUGCAAUUUACCACUUCUCGAUACUUGCCCACCAAAGCAACAAGUAUUUGAAGUGAAAAUAGCUCACAAGUUCUCCUCCCGGAAUAACGCAAAUCUUGAUACUUGCUGUCAAAAGAGAGUAGUAGCAAAUAGCGCGAUUGGCAUUUUAUCUGAAAUGAAGGAUGGAUUUGAAUGUGAAGAGGAAUUGAACGAUUAUGGGAACACUCCAUUACAUGUGGCUGCCAGCAAUGGAGAUCUAGAGAUCCUGAUAAGCCUAAUAGCGAGAAAUGCAAACGAAUGUCUUCGACGGGACAAGCAUGGCGGAACACCUCUCCACGCGGCGGCGAGGAGAGGCAGAGUGGAGGCCUUGAAGGUAAUUCUCGAAGCAUGCCCUAAGACAGUGAAAAUGGUCACUGUACCAGGGGAGAACUGUCUUCACACCGCGGUUUUGUAUAAUCAAGUUGGAGCAGUCAGGUUCUUGGUGGAAUGGCUUGAGAGAAAUAGGGAAUACGCCCAUCUCAUUAACGGGAAGGAUUACGAUGGAAAGACGCCUCUGCAUCUGGCCAUUUCAAGAAAACAAAUCCAGACGUUAAAAGUUUUACUCACCCGCAAUCAAAGUACUAGUGAACUGGUAGAUGUGAAUGCCACUAGUUGUGGCGGAUUUACUGCUCUGGACAUCCUGGAUGUUCUAGAGUAUUCUCAGAGUGUUGAUGUAGAAGUUUACAAUAUCCUUCAUCAAGCUGGAGCCUUGAGAGCCCGAGAUCUUGCCAAUCGUGAUACCAACCAGUACGCCGCUCAGGAUGACAAAAGGAAGGGGUUGAAGACAACAGAUAAAAGCAGUAUUGUGCCUUCCAUCAGAGUGGCAAAUCAUCACAUGUUGUUGCUGAUGGCCACCAUGGUAACAACAAUUACCUACCAAGCAGCACUUCAUUCCCCCGAUGGCACAUUUAAAGCGCACUACUCAUAUAACUACACUUCAAAUGGCAGCAACCUUCAACUGAAGAAACAGGAGUCGAUCAUAACACAAUCAUUCCUGUUGUUCAAUUCCAUAGGGUUUGUUGGGUCAUUGGCUGUGGUUAUCUUUCUCCUACAUGGAUUCCCAUUAAAACCAUGGCCACAGAUCACGGUGUCGAUGCUGUUUGGAUCCUACAUGUGCUGCAUAAUGUCUAUCUCGCCCAAUGAAGCCUGGUUUCUGCUCUUUUUUGCAAUUCCCUUUUUAUUGUUGGCAGCAGCAGGAAAGCUCAUUGGCCUUGGACGACAAAAGGCUUUUGAAUGA